GUUCCGGCAAAUAAUAUAUGUAGAUGUUCCUUUCCAUCCACCGCUUAGCAGGAGUUUGCUUGCGUGUUUUCCCGGGUAAAUUGACACAAAGACCAUGUUCCCACAACGCAGUUCGGAGCUUUAUCGCACUCCGGCGACCCAUCAGCCACCACCGGCUCUGGAAUUGGCAGGAAACUUAGAGUAUCCGAAUCUCAAUGUUGAAGAUCUAAACGCGCGCCUGGAGAACCUUUCGCCGCGACUCCACGACUGCUGGGAUAGCAUCGCCAUCAACGAGCACCAGCAUUUCGCACUUGCUACCAACCGACGAGAGGGACGUCAUUGGUGGGGAAUGUUUUUUGGUUACGCCCGUAACCAGAUCAACCGCAUGACCGUAGACACAGCCCAUUUCAAGCUGCAGGCGGAGCACACAGUGAAUAUUGUGCGUUAUGCCGAAAACAAUGUGCUUUUAGUGGCUUUGGGCGACACUCGUCUCCAGGCCUGGUCUACCUACUCGAAGGUGACCAAUCCGCAGGAGCCCUAUAACCUCUCCCUCGUGGGCGAGUCAUUUGCCCAUCCCACGCCCAUUAGCCAUUUGAGCGUAUUUAAGGCGGAGCAGCGAAGAGCUGUCUCGGGAUCUGCGGAUGGCAGUCUUAAUGUAUGGGAUCUUUCGGGUGCCGAUCUGGCCAGCGUUUAUCACUCGCGCUCUGCGCACACAGAUAAGCUUACCGCUCUUGCUACGCCUUCAUCCUCAUCUGACAAGUUUGUGACCUGUGAUCGAGGCGGUUGUGCCCGUCUUUGGGAUGUUCGGGCAGCGGCUCCAUCUUCCACAUGCCUCUAUGCGGACCAGAGUCAUUUGCUUAGCUUUACGGCCGCUGUUUGGGCAGCUCCAACGGAACUGCAGGGUGGCAAUAACAUUUACCUUGGGGACUACGACGGCAAGGUUCACACUCUUGAUAUCCGAGUACCAAAGAAAUUAUCGGAAACCCGAGAAUACUUUGACAAGGGACAUGUCUCGCAGCUUUUAAUUAAUGGGGCAUAUCUGGCUGCCAUGAGCAAUUUGCCCGCCGAAGUAAAAGUGGUCAAUGUGCUGGCGGAACAUGAAUUUAUCUACAAGCAUCAUGACACACAUACUCGUCUCACCGAUGCUGUUUGGGCCGAUGAUACCACACUUAUUACCAUUGGACAUGGCCGCAAGAUGGUUACGCAUUCGAUUAAGUAAUUUUGCUAAAGACCCAGUGAUUUUCUUACGUUCUUUUGCAUUUAUUACGAUUUAAGUUCCAUUUAUAUUUACCAUGUUUGGCCUGACUGAGAUGCUAUGACCUAGGUUAUAACAUUUUUUGUACUAUAAAUAAAUGUAUAAGUAGACGUAAAAUUACUUAUUUUAUCAUUAACCAUCUUGAUGGUGAGAAUAUUCAAAUGUGCAGCAGAUACUAUUCGUUUGAUUAUAAAACAUUUGCUUUAUAGGUAAAUAUCAAAUGUU